AUGACGUCGCCUGGUGUCUCUCGUAAGAGACCCGCACCCGGCACAUCUCCCAUCAUCCGCCAGCAGAUAGCCCCAGCUGCAGACACUCAACUUUCCAAUGAUCAAUUCCUGCAAUGGGGUCUGUCUGUCCCCGCUCAUCCAGACUCCUCUGCUCCCCUCGACGGCUCGCCGCAAUAUCCCAUAGCGCCGCAUCCCGUCGACGUCGACUCCAUGCAACAUUCGAAUCAACUCACGCGGAGGACCGGUCACCAACUCAUCAGCAGAACCCGAUUACAGGAUCAAAACAUGACCCCACUGAUUGACCAGGGUAGAUUAAUAUCGGACGACAGGGGUGACCCCACAUUGGCGGAAACAGAGGCUGAGCUGGAGCAACGAGCGCUUAUGGCAAAGAAGGACGCCCAAGCGAAGAGAAAACAGAUCCCACCGUUUGUGCAAAAAUUGAGCAGUUUUCUUGAUGAGUCAAAGAACACCGAUUUGAUACGAUGGUCUGAUGACGGAAAUUCAUUCAUCGUCUUGGACGAAGACGAAUUUGCCAAAACUUUAAUUCCAGAGCUUUUCAAGCAUAACAACUAUGCCUCGUUUGUCCGACAACUGAAUAUGUAUGGUUUCCAUAAGAAAGUUGGCCUAUCCGAUAACUCGAUGCGGGCUAGCGAACGCAAGAAUAAGAGUCCCAGCGAAUAUUCAAAUCCUUACUUCAAACGCGGUCAUCCAGACCUUCUCUGGCUCAUUCAGAAACCCAAGAACGUAACCGGACAAGGCCGAGGAGCCGCCAAAGGUGGAUCACGUACAAAGACAGAAGUUGACGGAGAGGAUGGAGAAAAUGAGGAUUUUGGAGACGAAGGAGGCGGCACCCCGCAUGAAAGAUCAAAAUUCCGUGGCCAACUCUCUAUCGGAGCUGCAGAGGGAACGCUGGGAGGUGAUCAGCUGGCGAAUGUGUACCGCGAACUUCAGAACAUUCGUCAACAGCAGCAAAUAAUUUCUUCAACUAUUAGCAAAUUGCGGCGAGAGCAUGAACAGCUCUAUGGACAAGCAGCGACCUUCCAGGAGCAACAUACUCGUCACGAAAAUUCUAUCAAUGCCAUCCUCACAUUCCUAGCCACGGUAUACAACCGAAGCUUACAAGGCCACGAAGGGGUUCAGGGGAUUGUCAAUUCGUUUGCUGGAGCCAUACCCCAAGAUAAUAGUCAGGGGAAUAUUGUCAACAUGGACAAUUAUAUCGGAAAUAUCAAUUCAGAUCAUUCUGCUCAGCGUCCUUUCAAGAAACAACCUUUGCUGCUGAAGGCUCCUCCUGUUAUUGGUCCAGACGGACAGCCAAUACAGCCAAACAAGUUGAGCCUAUCUCCUGCGGGCAGCCACUAUGAUUUGUCCCAAGAUCAUAGACGGCUAUCUGAUCAAACUAGUGUAACAUCCACGAAUAUUGAAGAGCUCUAUGAGAGCCCGCAUAACUCUGUUUCCCAGCCACAAGUCUCACACCAACAACAGCAACAUGCAGUGCAAAACCAACGGAGACGGUCGCCUCAAACUGUAGAGGACCAAUCUACUUCCAACCUCCCCCAGAAAGACAUCAUGUCCGUUAUACAGAAUUCCAAUGCGAGGGAUAAUCUACCUGCCAAUCUUUCUGAUUUCCCAAGAAUUCUCUCCUCGUUUGAGACGUCGGAUGGUAAUUCUCCUCUUACGGCGUCCCAGCGAGCCGAUAUGCUACGCCUCAUUGCGAACCAGAACCAUGUGUCGGAUCCGACCAGCUCGGCUUCAAACAGUGCUCUAAUCUCCCCAACCCCGCCUCCCAUGCCCGCUAGCUACCCCACCCGCCUUGCCAAUACGCGAGCGGAGAUCGACAAUCUUGUAAAAAUGCAAGCUGAACAAGACCGCUCCGUCCAGAACCUCACAAACCUACUACAACCCUUAAGCCCCACCGGGUCAAUCCCCGGGCUUGGCCCUAACAACCUGACCACUAGCGUCCCACCUCCUCUGGAUCUGGACCAAAUUUUCAAUAGCGGGGACUACUUUUCAGACUUUGCAGAUAUGGAGAAGGGUGGGGGGGAUAUUUCUGGAUUCAAUCAUGAUCUUCAAACCGGACCGGGAAAAGAACUUGACUUUAAAAGCGACAGCAGCAAUCACAACGGCAACAGCACAGUAGCAAAUGAUAUCCACGCCAGUGAUCUCUUUGAUUUCGAUGGUCUCCCUUCCACUACGACUAGCGAUCCAUUUCGUUCUUUGAAUGCUCCAGUUGACGCACACUCAGUUCCCGGUUAUUUUGAGGGACAUACAGGGUUAAACAGCGACAGCAGCAAUCUUGAAAAUACAGGGCCAGAUGAUAGAUUAAGCUCUAUCACUUUCGGAAGUGGAAGAAGAGAAUCAGACGGGGCUCGCAUCACAGAGGCGUUUUCGAGUAGUGAAUGUCCUAGCCCAGCAACCACAAGUGUUGAUGAGAAUUUACAAGGGAUUGAUGAUGGGAAUUGUGCUAGUGCUGGGGCAAACCCUUCGAACAAGAGGCGCAGAAGAAACAGGUAG